UCGCGGAUUAGUAAUAUGUCAAACAAAGUUCAAACUGGAAGCCAAGAAAAUAUACAGGAGCAGCCUGAGAUCUCCAGGAUCGAGGCUAAGCUACAGGAGAAGCUCAAGGCUGAGAAUAAAUAUUAUAACUCACAAGCUGAGCUAAAUGUUCCUAAAUUUUAUGAUUUUCUAGCAGAUAAUAUGCUUGAAGAGUUCGAUCAAGAGACUGACGAAAUUUAUGAAUGGUUUUAUUCGUUAAAUGACGAUGAAUUGAGACUUAGCUUGAUGAAAGACUUUAAACGAGUCAAGGAGGACCAUGAAAAUCAGAGGAAGAAUAAUCCUGAGACAAGCAGAUGUCGCACUCCCAUGUUCCUCAGAAAAGAUCGAAUGGAACAAGCUUAUAAAUAAGCACUUGGAGAGGUUCAAGAAGAAGAGUCAGGAGCCUGUAAAGAAGAGCAAUAAAUUAGACCAGAAAAUCAACAAAAGUCCUAUCCAAAAGAGUACCAAGUGUAAGGAAAUUCAUAGAGAUUUUACAAGUUUUGGGUCCAAGAUGCGUACAACUCCUUCUACCUCCAAAAGGUCGUCCAAUGAUGUACAGAAGCAGAAAGGAACUAAGGAUAGCACUAAGAAUGAUGAAAAGGUUAAUUCCUUUCUUAGUAAGGCAAAAUAUAGCGAAUAUUUUCUUACUCAUAAAUCUCCGUUGGUGAAGCAAAGUGAUAGUGGAACAAAUAAAUCAGUGAAUAAAGGCAAGAAGACACCAACUAGACGAAAUAAAGCAAAAUCUACAUAUCUGAACUCCUCAUUCGUGAAGGGUUUGCACCCAAGUACAAACUCGCCUUUGAUUCAGCAGAAGAGGGAGAAGCAUAAGGAGCUGAAUGAAAGAGUUAAAAGAAUUAGAGAGAAAGAGAGUAAUUAUUGUAAUUCUAAAAAUGCGAAGAAAAGAUCUGAAAGGUUCCUCGAUUUCUCAAAAUAUAUCAAUCAAGGAACUAGUCAAGCGAGCAAACCAGGCGAUCAGGAGCAUCAGGAUUAUUCAUCGACAACGCCUAAAAAUUUCAACAGGCCAAAAGUGAUAAAUACAGUCAAACAUAGUCCAUUGAAAGCGAAGAAAUUAAUCAAGACUAGAUUUAAGGACAAUAUGAGGAAGAACAUCAGUGAGGUUUCAAGUACCGGAUUCUCUCCUUAUCAAAGAUGUAAGGUCAAUAGCAGUAAUUCCUACCUCAAGAGUAGGAACAAGGAAGGGUUCUCAUCAGAUACAUCAGAUAGAGGCAAUCUUGAUAAGGAAAAUCAACCAAAAUAUCAUCAGAAGAAAAAGAUAUCAAAGAAAGGGACUUCAACUCAACAUGAGCUUACAUCAAACCGCUCGGUCUUGAACAAAUCUCAGAAGGGAUCAAUGUUCCAUUAUUUUAAUCCAAAUUUAUCGAAAGGAGAAAAUGCUAGGAAGCUUCAUAAGAAGCACCAUACAGGCUUCGAUGACUCGAUGUCUAUUGGGAGUUCCCAUAGUAAGAGGAAGGCUGACAUGCAGAACUCAGUCAGCUAUUCAAACACAAGUCCAAGGAGUUUGUACUCUAAGAUGAAAAAGAAUGAAACCAAAGGUAAUUCACAGGCCUUGAAUCAGUCAUGUACCGUAGAGAAUGAAGACUCUAUGAUAUUGGAGAAACGUAAAGCUCUUUUGAAUCAGAGUGAUGUGCAGCAUACUGAUGAAGAUGUAAAGCUGGACUACCAUGGAGAUAACAAGAUGAAGGUUGCCACCAAUCAGUAUAGGAGACACACAGAAGAUAGUAUCCUCAACUCUAGCUAUGUUAGCUACAAGUCAGAUUUAGGGAAGGAGAAUACUAAUAAGACUAAUUAUGGCAAGAAGACUUAUCGAGAGAAAAGAAUUAACAUACAAGCGAAGACUCCUCAAAAUAUUUUUAAGUCAAAUUUGAACAAGUCUACUGAUUUAUUCUCUAAAUAUGUAAAUCAUAACAGAAAGAGUCCUCUUGUAGUCAAGAGCAAAAGGAAUCUCAAGCAGAUAUAUUGCAAAUGAGAUGAAUCUGAAGACGAAAUGAGGUUGCCCCAUAAUGCCUAAAUUUAAAUAACCAAUUUUAAAUUAA